AUGCAUGUAUGCAAAGGCCGGGAGAAGACGAUGAUGCUGGUUCGGGCCAGCACCCGACAAAAGGUCGCCGAUGUGUGCAACAGUGGCUGGCUGCAAGGACUCGGGCGGUUCACUGGUAUACCACAGCAGCCGUCAGAAGCUCAGGACGAGGUGGCAUUGAAAGAGGCUACUCUGCAGCGUAUGGAGGCCUUGCAUCACGAGCAGACACCGUCGCAGCAGCAGCAGGCGAGGGAGGCUGCACAGCAGUGCAUGGAGGCUUUGCAUCGCGAGCAGACCCCGGCCAUUAGCUGUGGCAGACUCCUAGUGGCUGUGUCUGCUCGAUGUGAUACGACAGCGUCUCGGUGUGCCGUACUUAACAUUCCUAUUACAGUGUUUCUAGAGGCAGGCGGGUUGGAGCGGGAGGUAGCAUUCGCGCAGGAACUGGAGAAGUUCGUCCGCAGUGAGAUGCCCAUGUGGCUAAGUGCCGAUUGCAGCUGCAUCCACAGCCGGAGCCCGGUGCACCACCAAUUCUGUAAGUUACAUAUUCCGCACGCAUGCGCAAACGUUUACGUAAAAGCCGGGCGGCCCAUGGGGCGGCCCACGUUUAUUGAUAUUGAUCGGGUACGGGGGAGGCCAUCCUCCUCCUACCUCGUCCGCUUCAGGGUGAAGCGCCUCAGCGCGACGUACCUGGCCUCCCAGAUUUCCGAGAGGUACCUGGCCAAUGCCAGGGGUGGCGCCUCAGUCAUAAUGGGAAGGGAGCAGGGUUCGACACCCCGUACGGGGCCCCCAGGCGAGGUGCCUCCCCCACAGGAGGAGCCGGCGGAUAGUUCAUCAAAGUCGCCUGCCUGGGGGAGACCACGUACCGGUGGCGAGAUCCACUGCAGUGAGCACUGGCAGCGGCUGUCACUUCUGGCUUCUGGCUUACAGGAUGUGCUGGAGUUUUGGCCAUUGAAAGACAUAAAAUGGAGAUGGUUUACACAGCUCGCGCCAAUGAACACAUUGUCAUUGUAA